AUGGCAAAACUCUUGUCAAUAUUCGCAUUUGUGAUCAUAAUGGUACCAGUUCUGUCAGUACUACCGGAUUGUGGUCGAAUUCCGCCUUCAUUUUGGUGUAAGAAUAUGCAAAUUGCUCAGCACUGUGGAGUGACAGCCGCCUGUCAGCGAUAUAAUCAGAUGAGUGCUAAUAGAAAGGUGCAUAUUCAGAUCAUUAUGGAGUCGUUGUGUCCGUUCUGUCAACGAUUCAUUGUUGACAAGUUCUACCACGAUGUGUAUCUGAAGUUCAGAGGCUAUGUUGAUGUUGAGUUGGUUCCUUAUGGUAAUGCUGAUAGAAGGGUAAGUAACAGAUUAAUUACUUGCUUCUUAGGCUUACCAUUAGGUUAG